ACCUUUUUCUUUGUCUCUUAUUUUACAUCGGAGACAUUAGGUACCCUCCUAAAACCCUAAUUCGUGCCUCUUUAUUGAAGUUUACUAGAAUUCAAGACAAUCUUUAUCGAAUUAAAGGCGUCACUUGAGUUGAUAUCUCACCAGGUCUAAUGGCUGCUAAUAAUGAAAUACCAGCAGGUUUGGACAAAGAGCAGGUUUUGGGCAUGCUAGGAAUGGAGAUGGAGUAUAAGGUAGAGCUGUUUAACAGGCUUGCUAUGACAUGUUUCAACAAGUGUGUUGACAAGAGGUACAAGGAACCUGAGCUAAAUAUGGGUGAAAAUAGUUGCAUUGACCGCUGCGUUUCAAAAUAUUUCCUGGUGAACGGAAUAAUCGGCCAGAUGCUCAGUGCUGGUCAGCGUCCAAUGUAAAGUCCAGACUGGCUGUAAUUUAGAAUUUUUGCUCUAUAUGAAAAUCUGCUGUUAAGCAGGGAGGGGAAGGAGACUGAAACCUUUCACUUGGUUAGAUUACUUUAUUCAUCUUUAAUCAGUGAGGUGAUUUGGUUUUACUUCAAAUUAGUGAACAGCUUUAAUAAAAAUUUGAUCCCAGUGAUGAGUAAUUUUUCUUAUAGGUGUAUUACAUUGAAUCAUAUUAUUUAUCAAAUCUAUUUCUGCAAGUCACUUAUUACUUGCAAGAACAACAUA